CUGUUAAAGUUGGUACUACAGACAUAGUCACCAUGUAAUAAGAGGAUACCAAUGACUCACCAGUUUUCAAGACUUUUAAUACGAAGACAAGGAAAUAAACCAGCAGCAUCAGAAGUUCUGACUGCAUACUUAAUACAAUGUAAAAAGCCACCAUGGACAUCUUACUUUGUGAAAUACGCCAGUGUUUAUGAUGACCAAUGGGGCCAGUCGCAUUUUAACUGGCCAGUUCAAGAAACAAAUUAUCAUAUUCUCCGGACAGGAUGUUAUCCUUACAUGAAGUAUCACUGUACAAAGAGACCAUAUCAAGAUCUUCAGCUUGAAGAUACAUUCUUUCGUUUUAUAAAGAUUGCUAAUUUAGGUAUACCCUGCUUAGCUUAUGGCUUGGCUGCUACUCUUCUUAUCAAACACAUAGAAAUUGUGCACACUUCAAAAGGUCAUGUAAAAAUCUAUUUCUUAUACAAGGAAGACAAAGGAUCAUUAUACUAAAAGUUUAUUCACAAAUGUAACAUAAUGUUAGAUCAAAAUUUUAUUCUCUCUUACCCCUCACACUGUAUAGUAGAACUACAAUUUCUGCUUAUAUUUAUGUCUGACUGACUUAUCUUCUGUAAGGUCUUUAUUCCUUUGUCAUAUGUUGAAAAAUUAUUUGUAUACAAUGUGACAGUGCAACAGAAUUUACAUUUAGUUGUUGAAACCUGUUAUUCUGAGGGAAGAUAUGUAGGCAGGUGGUUACACAGUAUAGAAGAUGUCUGCAAAUAUUGUAACUAUUAACCCAGAUUAAAUAAUUUUAAACACUAAUUGCUUCCUUAUUUUGUGCAACAGUAAAAGAACUUCUAUAAAUAUAAUGUUCAAAUUGAUACUAGA